CCUAAGAACAACAACCUUCUCUCUCUUCUCUUGUCUCUCUCACAACUGUCCUUUAUCUACAGAGGAAGAAUCAUCUCUAAAAUCAAUAAUAUCAAAUUAAAAAAAUUAAUUAAAUCUAAUAUAAAAAUUAUUAGAAAAAAAAAGCAAAAGUUGCUCUCUGUUUUACCCAUCUCUUUAUUUAUUUUUUUCAUCAAGAUUGUGUUAUAGAGUCUGUUUCUAUCUUUUCUGGUUUCAUUCCAACAAAGACGAUCGUCAAGUGGGUUUUGCUUUGCUCUUCCAUUUCCAUCAAUGGAAACCAUUUAGAUAAGGCAGAAAAGAAGAGGAGAAGUUUUGUAGAGAAAUCUGAAUAAAGGCGAUCUUUUGAUACAAAAGUUGUGAGUUUUGAUCAUGGCAGUUGCUGAGAAUGCUGGGGCUAGAAAUGACACUUCUGGUCAAAAUUUUGAUAGCACUGUAGUAUCAUGGGAAUCGAAGGGAACAAAUGAUCUCGAAAGAUCAAAACCCAGAAACGAACUGGUGGUCAACUCUAAAGAAUCAAAUUUUGAGGGUCAGGAUUAUGAUCAGAGUGUUAAUGGCAAGUGUGAGCAGCAAGAGAGUGCAACCGCGGCGGCCACUUUGAGCAAUGGCAGGACUAAUGGUAACCAGAUGCAUAACGGGUUCGACAUCAGUCAGGAGCAGAUGAUGGCAAAAUCUGUUGGGUAUGGAGCCAAUCAGAUUCAAAGGGCUAAAUCUAAUGGGGUGAACGAUAUGAGUGAUUUGGUCGAGAUUUUAUCAAAAUUGAAUCCCAUGGCUGAAGAAUUUGUUCCUCCGUCGCUUAUUAACAAUCAUGGGUAUCUGGGUAAUGGGUUUGGCUACACUAACAAUUUCGCAGUGCAAACUAAUCCUGGGAAUGCCAAUGGAACUAAUACUAAAAGGAAGAAGAACAAUUAUAGUCAAGGAAGGAGAAGAAUGAAUAGCAGGACAAGUAUGGCGCAGCGUGAGGAGAUAAUCAGGAGAACCGUUUAUGUUUCUGACAUUGAUCAACAGGUGACUGAAGAGCAGCUUGCAGGCCUCUUUGUUCAUUGUGGACAGGUGGUUGAUUGUCGUAUAUGUGGUGAUCCUAACUCUGUUCUCCGAUUUGCCUUCAUUGAGUUUACUGACGAAGAUGGGGCUAGGACUGCUUUAAAUUUGUCUGGUACUGUGCUUGGAUAUUACCCACUAAGGGUGCUGCCUUCCAAAACUGCAAUUGCACCUGUUAACCCCACAUUUUUGCCACAGUCGGAAGAUGAACGUGAGAUGUGUGCAAGAACUGUUUACUGUACAAAUAUUGACAAGAAGGUUACUCAGGCAGAUGUCAGACUUUUCUUUGAAUCUUUAUGUGGAGAGGUUCACCGUUUGAGGCUUCUUGGAGACUAUCAUCAUUCAACUCGGAUUGCUUUUGUUGAGUUCGCAGUGGCUGAAAGUGCAAUUUUAGCACUCAACUGUAGCGGUGCAGUUCUGGGAUCCUUGCCAAUAAGGGUGAGUCCAUCAAAGACACCUGUUCGGCCUCGCAUUCCUCGCUCUCCGUUGCACUGAAUCAGAUGCUUAAUGCUGUCUGAACUAAUCAACUGCUAGAUAUAUUUUUAUAAAUAUACAUAUAUAGAUACCGAAAUAUUUUAAAGGUACUUGUGGCGUUUGUGUCGUAUCAUUUUGUCCUUGCAUCUGAGUUGGGUAUCUUUGAUUCCUAUGGGGGAGUUGCCUAUGUUUUUUCUUUUCUCCUUAGCUAGUAGAGUUGGAUGGGAUUCUGAGGAUAUGAAUGGCUUUAUUUAUGUUUCAGAAUGGACAACUGAACGAUGACCGACUAUUUCAAAUCUUUCUUUUUCUGAUAUUUGAUGAUAGUUUUCUUGUCUUCUCA